AUGGACGACACCCCAGAUCGUCCCCCAAAACGCCUCAAACUAUCACAGAACUCGAACCCAGCAUCUGAGGGACCACAACUGGCCACCCUCCACCGCUCCAUAACCCCUCCCCCGCCAUCCCGCACUCGCCGAAGCAUCACCACUACCGCCGCCGUUUCCCCGCACGACCCCAAGACCCCAAGCCUAUCCCCUCGAAACGAGAUAAAACCAAAAACCCUACCCUCGCCCAUCCACCUAACGCACAUUCGAGACUUUUCUGCCUCUUCCGGAAACAAUGUCGACUGUAUCCGGCUGUCGGAGAUCCUGGGCGACCCGAUGAUCCGCGAAUGCUGGCAGUUCAAUUAUCUCUUCGAUGUGGACUUUCUUAUGAGGCAGUUUGAUGCCGAUGUUAAGGAAUUGGUGACUGUGAAGGUUGUGCAUGGGUCUUGGAAGAGGGAGUCUGAGAAUCGGAUUCGGGUUGAUGAGGCAUGCUCGCGAUACUCCAAUGUCGAGCCGAUUGUGGCGUAUAUGCCAGAGCCCUUUGGGACGCAUCAUUCGAAGAUGAUGGUCCUGUUGAGGCAUGAUGAUACGGCGCAAGUCAUCAUUCACACGGCGAACAUGAUCGCAGGUGACUGGGCGAAUAUGACGCAGGCCGUCUGGCGUUCUCCUCUCCUCCCUCUAUCUUCUGCGAAUAGCAGCCGUGGCGGGAGCAAUGCUACGCCUACGCCAACGCCCUGGGGCUCGGGGGCUAAAUUUAAGCGAGAUUUACUUGCGUACCUGAAAGAGGCUGCGCUAGUUGCGAGUGUGCCCUCUAAAUUGAAGAUCGACAACAGCAGUUCGAGUGAUGGCCAUGGGAGAACGGUCUGGGGGUGGCCGGCAUUGAGGGACGCUUUGCAGCAUGUUCCGUUACGCGAGAGUGAUGCGACACCGCAUAUUAUUGCGCAGAUGUCCUCCAUCGCGUCUCUCGGUCAAACAGAUAAGUGGCUAAAAGACGUCUUCUUCGACGCUCUCGCUCCAUCAUCCUGUCGACCACAAAAGCAACGUCCCCGAUAUUCUAUAAUCUUCCCGACCGCCGAAGAAAUCCGACGCUCACUGAACGGAUAUGGCUCCGGCGGGUCAAUCCACAUGAAACUACAGAGUGCAGCGCAGCAGAAGCAGCUCCAGUAUCUGAAACCGUAUCUGUGCCACUGGGCAGGGGACGUCGCUGGCCAACUCCCGCCGGAGAACCGGGAUGCUGGUCGUAAACGUGCAGCGCCCCAUAUUAAGACGUAUCUACGGUUCGCAGAUGCGCGGCGUAUGGAUGAGAUUGAGUGGGCGCUUGUUACGUCGGCGAACCUCUCGACGCAGGCGUGGGGGGCUGCGGUAAAUGCGGGUGGGGAGGUGAGGAUUUGCAGUUGGGAGGUUGGGGUGUUGGUUUGGCCGGAGUUGCUUUUUACAGAGGAGGAGAAGAAAGGAGGGAAGUCUGGAGUCAUGGUUCCGUGCUUCAAGCAGGAUGAACCUGAUCUGUCUCGGACGUCGCCCAAUGACGGAGCCGAUACAGCUCUCUAUGUUGGAUUCCGCAUGCCGUAUGAUUUACCCUUGACUCCGUACAGCGCACAGGAUAUCCCCUGGUGCGCAACGAUGGCUCACUCGCAGCCCGACUGGCUCGGGCAGACGUGGGAGGGCUAG